AUGGCUCCUUCAGCACUCUCGGAUACGAAUCCAAUCAGUGCUACGCACUAUAACACCAAAAGCCAAAUAUUAGCUUCUGUGUUGCAUGGGCCAAGAGAUUUGCGGCUCGAAGUCAGAUCUAUAUCAGACCCUGCACCUCACGAGCUCCAGAUUGCCAUUCGAGCCACUGGUGUCUGUGGGAGCGACUGCGCUUACUAUCAAACGUUCCGGAAUGGUAACUUGCAGGCAGUAGCCCCCCUUGCCCUUGGUCACGAGUCGGCAGGACUAGUGGUAAGCAUUGGUGACGCUGUAACGGGCUUCCGAAUCGGAGAUCGCGUGGCGCUCGAGGUUGGCGUACCUUGCGACAGCUGCAGAUCCUGUCGAAAGGGCCGCUAUAAUUUGUGUCCGAAGAUGCGAUUUCGAAGCAGUGCAAAAUCUUUUCCACAUUUUCAAGGAACCCUCCAGGAACGCAUCAACCAUCCGGCAAAGUGGUGUCAUAAGAUUCCAGGAAAUGUAUCGUGGGAUUCGGCAGCGCUCUUAGAGCCGUUAUCCGUUGCCAUUCACGCGACAAGAAGGGCGUGUAUCGAGCAGGGUGACUCCGUGAUCGUCUUCGGUGCAGGCACUGUGGGCCUUCUGACCGCUGCGAUGGCAAAAUUAUCGGGUGCGACGACGGUGACAGUCGCCGACAUAGAUAGAGGACGUGUCGACUAUGCUAUCGAACAUGGCUUCGCGACCCGGGGACUUGUUGUGUAUGUCGAUACGCCGCGAUCUCGGGAGGAAGACCAGUUUGCCGCGGCCAAAGAUCUGGCGAACAAGGUCAUGGAGGUAACUUGCGCUGGUGAAGUCGAUUCUGAAGGUGCCGAUGUAACAUUUGAUUGUACAGGCAAGGAGAUCUGUAUGCAAGCAGGUUUAUACGCAACUCGACCAGGUGGCCAGCUCAUCAUGGUUGGAAUGGGAACCCCUGUACAGACCUUGCCCAUAUCAGCUUCUCUUCUGAAAGAAAUUGAUAUCAUAGGCAUCUUUCGAUAUGCAAACACAUAUCCGACAGGUAUCAAGAUCUUGGCCUCCGGGAGACUACCAAGUAUGGACAAGAUGGUAACACAUCGAAUAAAAGGUCUCAGGGCAGCCAAGGAUGCAUUUGAUUUGGCGUGCAGGACAAAAGACAAGGAUGGUAAACUCAUUCUCAAAGUGAUAGUAGAGACUUCAUGAGUCGAUCGGAAUCAGAAAGUUUCCGUGGCCUGUCUACCAGU